AUGACAAGGAAUUUACCAGUAACUGUGUCAUCCAAUGCUGAGCAGUGUAAGAAGUGCCCAGAGGAUGAAUAUCCCAAUGAUCAGAGAGAUCUCUGCCUCCCCAAGAUUGUGACCUUCCUGGAUAUCAAUGAACCUUGGGGGAAGGCAGUGACAGCUAUAGCUGUUUCACUCUCAUUGCUCACGGCCCUGGUUCUAUGGAUCUUUGUGAAAUUCCAAGACACUCCCAUAGUCCAAGCCAAUAACAGGAACCUCAGCUACAUGCUCCUCAUCUCUCUUUCCUCCUGCUUCCUCUGCUCCUUGCUCUUUGUAGGCCGUCCCACCACUGCUUCCUGCCUUUCCCGACAAACAGUAUUUGCAGUUGUGUUCACGGUGGCCGUUUCCUCCAUUUUGGCCAAAACCAUCAUAGUGGUUCUGGCUUUCAGGGUUACAGGGCCAGGGAGCAGGAUGCGGAUAUUCCUUCAUCCUAGUGUGCCCUAUUGUGUUGUUCUCAUCUGCUCUGGAAUUCAAGUGCUUUUCUGUGCCAUCUGGUUGGGGACCCAUCCCCCCUUUCCAGAAGCAGACACAUGCUCUGAAUCCAGCCACAUCAUCCUCACAUGUAAUGAGGGUUCUGCCUUUGCAUUUUAUUGUGUCUUGGGCUACAUGGGCUUUCUGGCCUUGGGAAGCUUCAUCAUAGCCUUUCUGGCCAGGAACCUACCUGAUGCCUUCAAUGAAGCCAAGUUCAUCACUUUCAGCAUGCUGGUGUUUUGCAGCGUCUGGAUCUCUUUUCUCCCCACAUAUCAGAGCUCCAAAGGGAAAGCCGUGGUGAUUGUGGAGAUCUUCUCCAUCUUGGCCUCCAGUGCCGGCUUACUGGGCUGCAUUUUUAUUCCCAAAUGUUUUCUGAUUCUCCUGACAUCAUGGCAAAAUAACACAAAACAGAACAAGAAUCAAAGGAGUUCCAGGAGCAAGAAUUUUUUUUUGUUUAAUUUGAUAUCUUUAUUUGCCCCAGUUCCAUGUAAAACACUAUUUUUAUCUUUAUUUUUAAAGCUUUGACUUCCACAUUCUCUCCCUUCUUCCCCAAUCCCAGAAGAAUUGAGGUUCCACAUGUGCAGUUACACAAAACAUUUUAUAAAUGUCAUGUUGAGAAAUAUACAUGCAUCAUUCCUUGGGUUAAUAA